GCCAUUGGUCCCUUUUGUAAUUAUCAAUUUGACGCGUUUGACAGCUGGCGUCUGCAUGAAAGUGAGAUUCAAGUCCAAGGUAACCAAAAGUUUUUCUUUCUCGCCGCUUCGCGACUCGUGUUCGCCGCUUCGCGAAAAGAAGAAAAAUCAAGAAAAACCUCAGGGACCAGGGUAUACUUUUUCCAUCUUCCUUGUUGUGAAAACGAGAUGGACAUCAGAACGUUGCUUCAUAAUCUUCGCGAAGAAGUGUCUUGUUCGGUGUGUUCCAGCAUUUUUACUGAUCCAAAACAGCUGCCAUGUCUACAUAGCUUCUGUUUACAGUGCUUAACACAAUGGCGGAGAGCAAGCUAUAAUGGCCGAGGCACAAUCAAAUGUCCGAACUGUCUAGCACUCAGCAAAGUACCGGAGAGCGGCGAUCUGAAGGAUCUUCCGACAAGUUUUUACCUGAACGGUAUGAUCGACGUUUUGACUAUUAAAGAAUGUAACAGCGGCCAGGUGAGAUGCGGCAAUUGCGACGAGAAAAGCUCCGAGAGUUCCUAUUGUUUUCAGUGUUGUGCUUUCUGGUGCGAGGAGUGCGUAAGUGGACACAACAUUAUUCGCAGCAACAAAGAUCACCGCGUUCUCGCGGUGAAAGAGUUUCAGGACAAAGAUUACGAGGACGUCCUUAAGCGACCUGUGUUGUGCACCAAGCAACGACACCAGAAAGAAGAGCUGAAAUACUUUUGCAAGGAUUGUGAAGCAGCCGUUUGUCAAACUUGUGUCACCCUAGAACACACUGGUCACGUUCUGGAGCACAUAGAAGAGGCGGCUGAACGGCAGAAGAUACAGAUGAGAUCUGUGAUUGAGACUCAAAGAAAGAAAUUGCAAGCAAAGACAAACGCAGUUAGUCAACUAAAAGAAGACUGCGCUAAAGUUAUACAGCAAGGUGAAGAAGUGAAGAGAAAUGCUGAAACCUUCGCUAAUAGCAUCAUUUCCGCCAUGGAAGCGAAGAAGCGAAGUAUUUUUGAAGCGGUUGAUAACCAAACGAAGAAAUCACUUGAACGUUUAACAAAGCAAAAGACCGAGAUGGAGUAUGAAGCGAAUGCCACGGAGUCAUCGCUUGAAAAAGCUGAUAAACUUUUAACACGAAGUGUUAACGCUGAAAUUGUUCAACUGAAGAAAACGUUUGCCACAAUCGUCGGCGGAGUCUCUGAAUUUGCUGAAACUGUGUACAGACGUGACCCCGAAGGCCUUCCUGUUUUCGCUUUCGUGGAAAAUCAAAAGAUGCUCGAUUACGUCAACACCGAAGAAUUUGGCUCGUUUCGAAUACUGCAACAAACAAAAGCUAGUCAAUCUGUUGCUGAGGGUCAGGGGCUCAACGAUGCAAUCGUUGGACGUGAAGCACAAUUUGUUUUGACCACAAAAGAUGCAAAGGGGAAACUGUGUUACAAUGAAAGCGACCUCGUGACAGUAGACGUUGUCGACGAAAAAGCAAUGAAGAGCGUGACGGAAGUGUUAGUGAAGAAUUCAAAGGAUGGAUUCUACGAGAUCACCUAUUUUCCCAGAGAUUAUGGCACAUGUAAAGUGGGAGUCAAGAUAAACGGAGAAAGCAUCCGCGGAAGCCCUUUUCCGGUCCAAGUGAAAUCAAUGAAGUUCACACCACUUUUAUCCUUUGGAAAAAAAUGUUCCUCCGUCAGAAUGCUGAAUUCUCCUUGCGGAUUGGCGGUGAAUGACUGUAACGAGAUCGCUGUGACAGAGUUGUCCAACCACAGGGUUCAGCUCUACACCAGCGAUGGUAAUUACUUGAGAUCCUUUGGUCGACAAGGAAGCAAAGAGGGACAAUUUAACAAGCCAACUGGGAUAGCCUUCGACAAAAAUGGACACAUAUUAGUAGCAGAUUCUGGGAACCACAGGAUCCAGAUUUUCAGUGGGCUGGGCGAGUACUUGGACACCUUUGGAAAGCAAGGAAAUCUCAAUCAACAACUCUGCAAUCCUCAUGGUUUAUCCAUAGACAGUGAUGGAAAUAUCAUUGUUGCUGAUUCAGGCAAUAAACUGAUUAAAUUCUUUUCUCCUAAUGGUGAGUUUCUAAUGCAGAUAGGUGAGCAGGGUUCCUUCACCUGCCCUACCCACUGUGUUCAGUAUGGCGAAAAUUUUAUAGUGUCAGAUGGUCAUGAACAUUGCAUUAAAAUGUUCGACGGGAAGGGAAAUUUUAAGUUCGCUUUCGGAAAGCAGGGUGGAGGGGAAGGGGAGUUCAAUAAUCCUCGGUGCUUGUCAAUGAGCAAGUCGGGACACCUAAUGGUGUGUGAUUCUUGGAAUAAUCGAAUACAAAUAUUUGAACUGAAUGGAAAGUUGGUUUAUAAGUUUGGAACAAAAGGGGAGAAUUUAGGAGAAUUUAAGCUACCCUCAGCUAUAGCGGUUCUUAGUAAUGGUCGGAUAGUUGUCUCUGAGAGGUACAAUGAUCGCGUACAGUUAUUCGAUUGAAAUUAUAUUGUUACAGGACCCUAGUCAGCCGCGCCAUUUUCGAAGCCAUCGAAAUGAUUGAUAUUGUAUGUUGAAGCGAAACCUUAUUGCUUUACUGUAAGUUGUGUUCCUGAAAGUAUGUUUAAUUAUCUUUAGUAGUUUCAAAGUG